AUGGCCUUGAACCGGAAGUAUGCGGCCCUUCCAGAUUUGGAUUCCGCUCCAGAUAUCUACGAAACCCCUGAGCUCACAGACGACAAUUCUACGGUUCCCACCACCGCCGCUCGAACCCACUCUGACGAUGAAUUCUAUGAUGUGGAAGACGAUACCCCUGGCAUCUCGCGAUCCCGUUUACGAAUAAACGAAGCCCGCUCCCGCUUUCUACCUGCAAACGUUGACGCCAACGGCGUGGACUUUUCGGACCGAGUUGAUGGGAAACGAAAGUCAUACAAGGCUUCCAGUCGAAGGCAGCGCAUUCUCCAGGACGGCACCGAAGAGCUGGGCGACCUUUCCGAUGAUGAUGAUGACGAGAGCUUGGAACGGCGCAUUGCUCGCCUCAAACGUGAAGUGGAGGAGGCAAAGGACGAAUACGCGAAGCGAAAAGCGGGAGCUUCAGCGCAAGCAGAUGACGAUGCUGCCAAGGGCGACGAUAGACUGGCCUCCCUGAGCCAAGUCUUGGAUGAGAUAUCCAAACCUACAGGACGUCGAGUUACUGCCCAAGCCUCCAAGGCAGUUCCACCUACGAGCCAGGAAGAGAAGCCCGACCUACCAGCAGUAGACGACGCCACGUACACUGUGACAUACGCACCGACAUAUGAGCAAAGCCACGCUCUGGCCAAGGCAGCCGACUUUGAUCGUCGAUUGUUGAUGUUGGAAAAGGGCUUGGGGAUUAACGCCUCGCUGAUGCCAGAAGCUGACGUCAAUGGACUUCCCCGAGCCAUUCUGCCCACUCUGGACUCUAUGAACAAGCAGAUUUCUACACUUGCCGAGGCCUCUACAGCCAACCUCGACACUAUAAGUCGACGAGUGCGCACCCUGGUUCAGGAACAAGACAAGCUCAACGACUCGAGGGAGAAGGCCAAAUCACUAAGAGAAGAGCUUGGCCGGGGCGCCCCCACGGCUCCGGCCGAAGAAUCCGAGCAAGAGGCCAAGAUCAAUGCCCUCUACGGCAUCUUGCCCACGAUUGAGAAUCUAACCCCUAUCCUGCCGCCCCUCCUGGACCGAUUGCGAUCCCUGAGAGCAAUUCACGCGGAUGCUGCGACAGCAAGUGAUACGCUGAGCCGUAUCGAACAACAGCAGACAGAGAUGGCUGCUGAGUUGAAGCAGUGGAAUGAGGGACUUGCCAAGAUUGAGGCUGCCAUGAAGGAGGGCAGCGUUUCCAUUGAGACCAACAAGAAAGUCAUGGAGGAGUGGGUGAAGGACCUUGAGGAGAGGAUGGAGGAUUUAUGA